UGUAGCACAUCAGCCAGGGGCUAUAUUCAUAUACAAGCAGCCCGUAAACGCCCGGAAAAUGUACUGGUAUCAAAUGAAAAAUCCUAUGCUGAGUGCUAGACAACAGUCUGGAAAUUAUCCUAUGAAGCAUAGGUAUAGAAGUGCGCCCAUAGAUAUGACUCCAUAUGCAAGCUACAGGAACAUGUUUAGAAGUCCGUACCACAGCUCGUCAGCCAAAGGCUUAUUACCUUACAACAUUAUGUCAGUGCCUAUUCCUUCAACAGUGGCACCAAUAAUGGCACCAAGUACAUGGAACUUUGAAAAUAAACCACAAGCUGUGACUGUAAGCGAAAACAUAACCAGUUGCAAAGAGGAACUAAGCCAGAACCCACUGGCUGAAGGGGCCGUAACUAUCAUGCCGAGCGAAAAUCUUAAAUAUUCUUCAAACUUUUUUCUAAACACCAUGGCUCCAACUACAGCAAUACCCUAUAAACAACAUUCGACCCAUUCAUUUUUUACGCUGGAUGAUGUAUGGAUUCCUCAAUCUCCCGUCAACACCCAGUACUGUGUUACCAACUUCAACCAUAUUACCCACAAGAGCUUUAUCUAA